AAGUUGGGAGCGGUAAAGAGCUGUGUAGAUGACGACAAGGACACAGUACAGCUGGUGGGGUGUUGGGGUCCAGAGGUGUAGUCUCCUCCCAGCACUCUCCUCUACGACACCCCAGGUCGCCUCCUCUCUCUCACACUACCACCAACACCAGCACCCCGGCUGCAGGCACUGCCAGACCGCGCCAAGAUGCCGCUGCAGCUGUACUACACGGCAGCGUCGCCUCCGUGUCGCGCCGUGCUGCUGACGGCGCGGGCGCUGGGCCUCUCCCUCACGCUGAAGGAGGUGGACGUGAUGGCUGGCCAUCACCUCAAGCCGGAGUUUGUGGCCAUCAACCCGCAGCACACCAUCCCCACCCUGGUCGACGGCUCCCUCAAGCUGUGGGAGAGUCGAGCCAUCUGCACGUACCUGGCCACGCAGUACGGCAAGGAUGACUCCCUCUACCCCAACAACCCGAGGGCCAGGUGCCUCGUCGACGCCAGACUCUACUUCGACAUGGGCACGCUUUACCAGCGCUGGGCAGAGUAUGCUUACCCAGUCUUCAGCGGAGCCAAGGCAGACGAGACCAAAUUCUCGAAGGUCCACGAGGCGCUGGGUUGGCUCAACACCUUCCUUCAGGAGUACGCCUUCGUUGCUGGCAACAAGCUGACGGUGGCGGACAUCUGCCUGGUGGCGACGGUGUCGACGAUAGAGGCAUCAGGGCUCGACUUCGACUCUUACACGCGCAUCCAGCGGUGGCUCAAGAAGUGCAAGACUCAGCUGCCUGGCUACGACGAAGCCAACGGGGAAGGAGCCAAGAUCAUCGGAGACUUUCUUAAGUCCAAGUUGAAAUCUGAGUGAGUGUGGGCACUCUUUAGGGACCCGCCCACUACAGGGUGUGGGCGGUGCUCGAGGCCCGCCAACGUUCAGUACUUCACCUCAGCGACCAUCCUAGUCUUUCAAUUAUGUUUUCUCUAACAUUUAUGUUUACGAAUAAAGAUUAAUUCUUC